GACAUUGACGAGUGUGCUGUGUCUAACGGCGGCUGUAGUCAUAAGUGUGUCAACUUUGCGGGAGGCUUUAAAUGUGAAUGCCCUGACCCUGAAUUGAGCAUGUCAUCUGACAACAAGACCUGUCAUGGUAAGUAUAAAAGACGAAAUUUGAAAAAAAAGACAGUUCUCUGGGGUACCAUCACGUGGUUUGUAAUGGGAAGACAAAACAUACAAGCUAAAAACGUAUAUUGAAGUAACAAGAAAGUGUUAAAUGAUAGCCUGGGUGCCCUGAGUUUGUUUAGCUGGAUGAGAAACACUUGUGAAGGCAAAACCACAACGACAAACCAGUGAGGGUCCGCCGGAUCUUUAGUAGACCUGGAGCAGUAAAAUCUUGAGUACCAAAUUUCAAACUAAAUAAUAUUAACUUCAAAAAAUAAUGAUUUAAAUGUAGGAAAUUAUAACUCAAUGUCUGAAUCCAAUAGUAAUAGAUAGGCCAACCAAAUGUUAAAGUUCGCAAAGACUGCUUUGCUACUCCAGCUAGUUAUUUUUCGUGAGAGUCGUUUGUGUUACAGUCAACCCAGGUCAAGCGUAACCCCCCCAAGAUCCCAUUAAUGAAUUGAUUAUUCAAGUUGAAUCCGUCGUUAGUUGUAGAUUUCAGAUUCAUCUCUGCAUUCUUGCAUGCGUAAUGAGCCGUGAAUUCACACGCGAGGCAGUUACGAAAUUUCUACCAGCUCAGUUUCCCUGAAUUUGAUGUGAGUGUCUCUUAAGAAAUAUAAUCCAUUCAAAGAUUUUCAAUCUGACCAAAUGCAGAGAAGUUCUCGUAAAAUGUUCACUGCUCAUUACGCAUGCAGGAAUGCCGAUUUGAAUUUGACACUAUAUACGGGAACCAUUAACGGAUUCAUUUUUCAAAUAAUCAAGUCAUUAGUAGAAUCUUGGGGGAUACGCUUGACCUGCUUUGACUGUAAUUGUGUUAUUUUAGCUCCAGGUGUUAACGUGCAGUGUAAGAGUGAAAACAUGACCAUCAUCGUCCCCAAGUCACUCCUCUUUGGUAUUGACCGUGAACACCUUCGACUCCUGGACACUAGUUGCAAAGCUGCAGAGAAUAACACCCACUUCUCACUCACAUCACCACUGACUGGCUGUAACACAACAAGCAGGCACACACCCACAGCUAUCGUCUACUCCAACGCAGUCUUAGACAUGCCCGUGGCUGUUAAAAAUGUGGUGACACGUGUUCGUAAAUUAGAAAUACAAUUCAGCUGUUUUUACAGCAAACAUGGCGUGGUUUCAUCAGUUGUUUGGAAAGCCAGUAACAGAAAGCUUGUGUUUAGCAAUGAAGGAGAAGGGAAUCUGACGCUGGCACUUGAUAUGUUUCCUAACAAAACAUUCGUGAGUCCUUACUCGAAGAGGGACUUCCCUGUGGCAGUGAUACUUCGCAAGCCCCUAUUCUUUGAAGUGUCUGUCAUAUCAGAUGACAAGCAGCUGUCAAUCAGAGCAGAUCGCUGUUAUGCCACACCCACUCAGGAUCGUUCGAACCCUCUGAAGUAUGAGUUCAUUAAACAAGGGUACGAUAAUACAUUAUAGAACAAAGACAUUUUUUUAAAUCUCUGUAAAACAAAAAAUGCCCUCAAUUAAUUAAGAAACGAUACACGCAGACAGGGGGGGGGAAUGGAGCCGAAAAGUGUCCUGAAAUUUUAUCUGGGAUCAUUACUGGGGACGCGCAUAUCAACUAUUGGCCAUGUUUGCCCUGUACCUAGUAAAAGUCCCAGAAGUCUUUGCGAAACUCAUUUGGCCCAGUUUCCUUCCGGUUUUCAAAGUGGCGAAUUGUUGUCGAAGAAAAGCAAUGUCAUCUCCGCGUUUUUAGGGGGAGGGGUUAGUGGGGUUUGGUGAUUUCUGCGAGUUUUUAAACUGACUUAGCGGCGUAAAAUUCAUUAUGUAGUCGGCCACUAAUGUAUGGCAUACACUUAAUUUAAACGAUUAAAGCAAUUAAUUAAACCGAUAUAGACACAGCAUCUAAAUUUCUUUUUAUUUGUACCUAAUUUUUAACUCAGUUAUUAAGGUAGUUCUACCUUUGUUUGAUUUCAUUUCUCUUAGAUGCCCAAGUGAUGCAACCUUACAGUACCAUUCUGCGCCCUUAGCUGGUGUUCAGCGGUUUAGCCUGGAAGCCUUCAAGUUUAUUGCAGAUCAUCCAUUUGUUUUUCUUCACUGUCACGUGAUCCUUUGCAAUGCCUCUGACCCAAGCUCCAUAUGCAAUAAAAGCUGUUCGUCAAGCGCCAGACGAAGACGUGAAGUUAGUCCCCAAGAAAAUGACGUCUACACUUUGGGAGAAGGCCCAAUCUACCUGGCACGCGGAAAAGACGAGGAAAUACAAUCUAGUGGUCUGGGUAUGAGGGGUAUGUAU